UGAAGGGGCGUGGCCAAAGAGCCUAGCUAGUUACCGCAUGCUAAUGCUGCCAGAGUAGAUUAGCAGCUGAGUGAGUUCUGACCGUACUCGCAGCCAGGAUCAUUGUGACUCCCUCCUCACCGCACAGAUAGCUUAUAAUACGACAAUUUCAUUUAUUUUAUUCCUACUUCCUGUCCGAUGUUUCACAUUUGAGUAACGUGGAGACAACGUAGCGGCUAGCUAUAGCAGCGGUCCUGCUAGCCGGGCUGUGAGCAUCCUUGUCGCCUGCCCACGGGACGCAUACAUGUGCAUAUGUGACACAUUGCGCGGCCGCGGCGUGGGGGAACGACACACCGGCGACGAUGCGCAAGGACGUCAGGAUCUUGCUGGUUGGGGAACCCAAGGUGGGAAAGACGUCUCUCAUCAUGUCUCUGGUCAGCGAGGAGUUCCCGACUGUGGUUCCGUACCGAGCUGAGGAGAUAACCAUACCCGCAGAUGUCACUCCGGAGAGAGUCCCCACGCACAUUGUCGACUAUUCAGAAGCCGAGCAGACUGAUGAGCAGUUGUUUCAGGAGCUCUCAAAGGCAAAUGUGAUUUGCAUUGUGUACUCCGUCAACAAUAAGACGUCGAUAGAGAAGGUGACAAGCUACUGGAUCCCCCUCAUUCUUGACAACACAGAUAAGGAUAGCAGGGUUCCUCUCAUCCUGGUGGGGAACAAGUCAGACUUGGUGGAGCACAGCAGCAUGGAGACCAUCCUGCCUGUUAUGAACCAGUACAGUGAGAUUGAGACCUGCGUCGAGUGCUCAGCAAAGAAUCUGAAGAACAUCUCGGAGCUGUUCUACUACGCCCAAAAGGCUGUCCUUCACCCCACAAGCCCCCUCUACUGUCCAGACAAAAAAGACAUGAAGCCACUUUGCGUAAAAGCGCUGACCCGAAUCUUCAAAGUCUCCGACUUGGACAACGACGGUAUUCUCAAUGACAAUGAGCUCAACUUCUUUCAGAAAACAUGUUUCAACAUGCCACUGGAGCCGCAGGCGUUAGAGGAUGUGAAGAAUGUUGUGAGGAAGAAUUUGAGUGAUGGAGUGUGCGACAAUGGACUUACUCUAAAAGGGUUCCUGUUCCUCCACACGCUGUUCAUCCAGCGAGGUCGCCACGAAACCACGUGGACGGUGCUCAGGAGGUUCGGAUACGACGACGACCUGGAGCUCAAUCAGGACUACCUCUUUCCCCCGCUGAAAGUUCCUCCCGACUGCACCACAGAGCUCAACCACACAGCUUACCUCUUCCUGCAGAGCGUCUUCGACAAACAUGACAAGGACCGUGACUGUGCCUUGUCGCCGGAGGAGCUGAGAGACCUGUUUGAUGUUUUUCCGUACAUGCCCUGGGGUCCUGAUGUCAACAACACGGUGUGCACCAGCGAGCAGGGCUGGAUCACGUACCAGGGUUAUCUCUCGCAGUGGACGUUAACAACUUAUCUGGAUGUGCAGCGUUGCCUGGAGUAUUUGGGCUACCUCGGUUAUUCAAUCAUCGCUGAGCAGGAGUCCCAAGCUGCAGGAAUUACAGUGACCAGGGAUAAGAAGAUUGACUUGCAGAAGAAGCAGACGCAACGCGGCGUCUUCCGCUGCAACGUUUUUGGAGAUGUUGGCAGCGGGAAGAGUGGCUUCCUCCAAGCCUUCCUGGGGAGAAACCUGAUGCACCAGCAAAUGAUCAAAGAGGAACAUAAAUCCUACUAUGCCAUCAGCACAACCUUUGUUUACGGUCAGGAGAAAUACCUUCUUCUUCAUGAAGCGUUCCCUGACAUGGACUACCUGUCUGAUGCCGACCUGGCCUGUGACAUCAUCUGCUUAGUGUAUGACGUCAGCAACCCGUACUCUUUCGAAUACUGCGCCAAAGUCUUCAAGCAAUACUUCAUAGACUGCAAGAUCCCUUGCAUGAUGAUUGCGGCCAAGUCGGACCUGCCCGAGACCAAACAGUUUUACGGCUGCACUCCGCUGGAGUUCUGUCGGAGGCACAAAAUGCCCCCUCCGCAGUCCUUCACCUGCAACACCGCGGGAACGCCCGGCAGAGACAUUUAUACCAAACUCAGCACCAUGGCCGUGUACCCCCACGCGCGACUGCGCUGCAUGUGCACUUGUAACCGCUGCACCUUCUGCCUGUGUCAGAACCUGCUCAACUCCGAGCUGCUCCAGACGGUCAGAGCCAAACUCCACGCUGUGGUUCUCCGCAGACACGUGAGCCAAGCGGACCUGAAAAGCUCCACCUUCUGGCUGAGGGCGAGCGUGGGCGCCAGCGUGUGCGCCCUGCUGGGUUUGGCGAUGUACCGAGUUCUGCUCAAAGCGCGGUGAUGCCACUCGUGAGCGCCUGCGAACUGUUCUCGUGCACGCCGCGUGUACAAAAGUAUUGGGACAAGCAAUAAGCUCAGGGCGCGCUCGACCCCUUUAGAGCCUUAAAGGGAAAUGUAUAUUUAAAAAAAAAAUUCUCACCGUUUAAAAUAAUUUUCAGGUCUGUUGCACGGUUUUGUAGAAAUACCGCAAAUUUCAAGAUUUGGAGGGGAUUUUGUACUCUGUAUUCCUCGUUUUGCUGAAAUCAGCCCGUUUUAGGAGUCUAAUGAAGUCCUCAUCCCGCCCCUUAGACUGCUUGGCUCACAUUGAAUCAGGAUUUAGUGAAAUUAUUAAUGAGUAAUUGUAUCCAUAAGAACUAUAAAAGCAUUUUAACGUUUGGGGCCAGCAGUUUGUACACUUCACUGUGUGCACGUGGCACACGGACACGUCGGCGAACGCAAAUGCCGCACCGCGUCGACAUUCCACCGAGCGAUCGAGUGCCGCUUGUGCAAAACCACAAAUUUUAUUGUCUACUAGCAAUAAAACAUCAAUUUCCCAUAAUAUGUCCCUUGGGGGGCGGCACGCUGGAUCAGCAGUUCUGAGGUUCCGGGUUCAAUCUCGGACCCGCCUGUGUGGAGUCUGCAUGUUCUCCCCGUGCCUGCGUGGGUUUCCUCCGGGCACUCCGGUUUCCUCCCACAUCCCAAAAACAUGCAACAUUAAUUGGACACUAAAUUGCCCGUAGGUGUGAUUGUGAGCGCGGCUGUUUGUCUCCAUGUCCCCUGCGAUUGGCUGGCGACCAGUUCAGGGUGUCCACCGACUCGUGCCCGUUGACAGCUGGGAUAGGCUCCAGCACUCCCCGCAAUCCUUGUGAGGAUAAGCGGCUAAGAAAAUGGAUGGACGGAUGUCCCUUGGGAAAACCCAUUCAGUUUGGUUCAUAUCACGAGGAACUCAUAGUUAGCCAAGAUGGUGGCAAGUCCACGGCGCGCGCGUUAUGAAUCCCGCGGUCUCGGAUUGACGCGCCGUCUGCUCGUGCCCUUUUGUCGGCCAAUCAUAUUGCAGCGGCGCGUGUCACAAGAGAUGCUGCGUUGGUACAGAUUAAGACUCGGGAGCAGUAAUAUGCUUUCGCAACUCUUUUGAAGCUGCCGUUUGCGACAGAUGUGCAAUGCUUGCUAAAGGCGUGGUGGCGGUGGUGGGGGGGGGCAUGUACAUCCAUCCAUUUUCUGAACCGCUUAUCCUCACGAGGGUCGGGGGAGUGACGGAGCCAAUCCUAUCUGUCAUCGGGCAGGAGGCGGGGUACGCCCUGAACUGGUUACCAGUCAGUCGCAGGGCACAGGUAGACACGACAACAGUCGCACCUAGGGGCAAUUUAGAGUCUUUUGUUUUUGGGAUGUGGGAGGAAAGCGGACUGCCUGGGGAAAACAUGCAAACUCCACAGAGGGAGCGCCGGUGUGACGGUCUGAGCGCUCCGCCGUGCUGAAAAGUCUCCUUGUGAGGAAAGCGUAUGCGUUACUAACAGGGGAACUCUGGGUACGGAGCAGACGCUUACUGGGAAAUCACCCGGUCUCAUAGUUCCCCUUCUUCUACGUGGAG